AUGCAGAUGGAUGAUGAAUUGCCCAACUUGGGCCAACCAGUACCAGAUCAAAAACAAACAUUUGAACAAGAAAAAAGAUCUGCUAAAAAAAUGAAAACCACUACCUCCAUUGAGCCAUCCACCAUUGACAAAUGUAAACCAACGUCUUCAAUGAGCAAGGUACCUUCUUCCAAAACAAAAGAACUAAAAGGGGCAGGCACAGAAACAUCCAUUCCAUCCACCUCCAUUCCAUGCAUUCCAUCCAAACCCACCAUUCUAUCUAAACCAACUGUCUCUGAUGCAAAGAGGAAAAUUGUCUUCACUCCAGAAAAAAUGAAGAAAAGAUUAGCUAUGCCAACGAAGACAUGUUCAACAUUGGAUGCUACCACAGCAUCACCUUCAACAUCAACCAUCACACUAACUGGUUAUGUGCAUGAUGUAGUGACCCAGUCCAAACACCUCACAUUCAAAUUACAAACUGCUGAAAAUACAUACCAGCAUAUCAUCACAUUCGUACCUGAACAAUUCAAAGCCACAUUGAUCAAUAACAUGGAAAACACAUUUCCUAUUGAAAUCCAAAACCAUGGAUUCAUUCAGUCCAAAAACUCAAAACAAAUGGAUGUGAAACUAACAUCUAAAACAAAAAUCACUUCACUUCCUAAGCAACUCACAUUCUGCCACAAACCGCCAUCAACUGUAAUUACUGCAGUCAACAGCAUUCACCACUUGCCAGCGUUUCAAAAGAUAAACAUAGAGGUCAUUGUUCUUGCCCAAGAGGAUAAUACUGAAACAAAGAACACAACAUCAGGGCCCAUGACACUAAUGAACAAGUAUGUUUCUGAUGCUAGCGGACUGAUCAAAUUGACAUCAUGGGGUGACCACAUUCAUUCUCUUGAGGUUGGAAACAGCUUCAAACUCACCAAUGUUUCUGUCAAAGAAUUCAAUGAGGAAAAACGUUUGUCAACAACUGCACAAACAAUCGUCACUCCAAUUACACAAUUAACCAAGUACAUAAAAAUGGAGACUGCCACUAUCAAUGCAGAACUUGUGGGAGUUGACAUUUCAAAGCAUUACAGAUGCAACAUGUGCUCCACCCUCAACAAUCAUGUCGAUUCACCAUAUGAUCGUUGUCAAAACUGUAACUGCCAACAAAAACUGACCAAAGUCGAAAAUACAAGGAAAACAAUGCUUCAAAUUGAACUUCAGUGA